UUGAAUGAGAUUCUCCUUGAAGACCCAAAAUCUGGAACUACAGACAACACUGAUGAGGAUGCCUUGACAAAAUUGUUUGGUAACCCAAAAUCUGGUCGUUUAAUCGGACAAGGAAGAGGCGUAACAAGGUCAAAGCUAACUGUUGUUAAUAUGUGUAAUAGCAAGAUCUCCAAGUUAGAAGAAGAGCAACAUAAUAUGAAGCUCAAAAUGACUGAAAUGAUGAAUCUACUUAAAGAACACUUGGUUGGUGGUAAAGUGACACCAAGCGAAGGACAGUCUCGCAAUGUACCGCAGUCAAACAAUAUUCAGUCCCCUAAGAGUAUUGCACUAGAAAAAAGACAUAACUUUACAGAAGGGAAGAAUGCUUGCUACUUGCUUGACUGGGCAGAUGCAAUUGUUGCUGAAGGUCGUUGGGAUUCUAGUGAUCCAAAUAUAACUGUACAUGGAAAGCCUCUUGGACCAGACUUUAUGCGAGUAUGGGUUGAUGUUGCUAUUGUACCAGAGUCUUACUUAUUUCGUCCUAAUCAUGCGAUGCUUACAAUACAAGAAGCAGUUGGUUCCACAGUUGCAUGGCCUUCUAAAAAAGUUAUUCCAAGAGAUAUGACAAGCGAAGUAUAAAAGGAUACUUAAGACUCCUUGAAAGUAGUAACUUUGUUUAUUUCUUUGUGUUGAAAGUAGUAACUUUUAGACUCCUUGAAUACUUAAAGAAUAUUUUGUUGUUGAUGACA